AUGAAUACAGGGUGCGCCGGGGGCUCCGCGGGAGGGAGAGCCUUGGCCGGGCGGCGGCGUCCUCGCCAUCCCGUUGCCGGUUCCCCGUCGCUGGAGGGAGCGGGGAGCGGGGACGGGGGGGGGCGGCCGCCUCUCGCCAAAGUGACAGCACGGGCUGGUCCGAGAGAGGAGUUUAAACCUCCGCCUCGGCGGACGCAUCGGGAAGACCAAGGUCCUACCUGGCUUUAUGCCGACGCUGUUUUCAUACGAGGGUCAGUGAGACUCCAGGGUGGCAAGAAUGAGUUUGAGGGUACAGUGGAGGUUUAUUUGAAUGGAAUCUGGGGAACAAUCUGUGGGAGCCAUUGGGACAAUAAUGAUGCAACAGUCGUAUGUCGACAGCUUGCACUUGGUGAAAAAGGUACAGCAAAACAUGUACCAUUUUCUGGACCGGGCCUUAUUCCUGUUUACUGGAGUGAAGUGCGUUGUCGUGGUGAUGAAGAAAAUAUACUGUUAUGUGAAAAAGACAUCUGGCAGGAUGGAACAUGUCCUCAAAAAAUGGCAGCUGCUGUCACAUGUAGCUCUUCCCCGGCCCCUGUCUUUACUCCGAUCCGGCUGGCUGGUGGGAACAACGCUCAUGAAGGAAGAGUAGAAGUCUACCAUGCUGGCCAGUGGGGGACUGUCUGUGAUGAUCAGUGGGAUGAUGCAGAUGCUGAAGUUGUCUGUCGGCAGCUUGGCCUUGGGGGUGUUGCCAAGGCGUGGAGCCAGGCUUACUUUGGAGAAGGCUCAGGCCCCGUGCUGCUGGAUGAAGUGCGGUGCACGGGAAAUGAACUGUCGAUAGAACAGUGUCCAAAAAGCUCCUGGCGAGAACACAACUGUGGCCACAAAGAAGAUGCUGGCGUUUCCUGCACACCUCUCACAGAUGGUGCAUUAAGACUAACAAGUGGGAAAGGCAGUCAUGAGGGACGCCUGGAGGUCUAUUAUACUGGGCAGUGGGGCACAAUCUGCGAUGAUGGGUGGACAGAGCUGAAUACACAGGUGGUUUGCCGGCAGCUGGGAUUUAAGUAUGGAAAAAGUGCACCUGAGAGCUACUCAGAAGGAAGCUCUGGGCCCAUCUGGUUGGAUGAUGUCAGCUGCUCGGGGAAGGAGACAAACCUUCUGCAGUGCUCAAGGAGAGAGUGGGGAAAGCAUGACUGCAACCAUCAGGAGGAUGUCAGACUCAUUUGCCAUCCAGACAACGACAGCCAUAAACUCUCAUUUGGUCCUCCCAUCAGGCUGAUGGAUGGUGAAAAUAAGAAGGAAGGACGUGUAGAGAUUUUUAUCAAUGGCCAGUGGGGCACAAUUUGUGAUGAUGGAUGGUCUGAUAAGGAUGCAGCUGUAGUCUGUCGACAGCUUGGCUACAAAGGUCCGGCUAGAGCAAGAACAAUGGCAUAUUUUGGGGAGGGCAAAGGCCCAAUCCACGUGGAUAACGUGAAAUGUACAGGCAAUGAGAGAUCCUUGGCAGAUUGCAUUAAGCAGGACAUUGGGACGCACAACUGCCGUCACAGCGAGGAUGCGGGGGUGAUCUGCGACCACCUAAGCAAGAAGGCCCCUGGGAACAGCAAUAAAGAUUCUCUUGCUUCUGUUUGUGGAUUGAGGUUACUACAUCGCCGACAAAAACGAAUAAUUGGUGGGAAAAAUUCUUUACGGGGCAGCUGGCCAUGGCAGGUUGCACUCCGACUGAAAUCUUCUCAUGGUGAUGGAAGACUCUUGUGUGGUGCUACUCUCAUCAGCAGCUGCUGGGUCCUCACUGCUGCACAUUGCUUUAAAAGGUAUGGCAACAACACUCGGAACUACGCUGUGCGAGUUGGAGACUAUCACACACUGGUACCAGAAGAGUAUGAGGAAGAAAUUGGAGUCCAACAGAUUGUGAUGCAUAAGGAGUACAGGCCUGACAGCAGCGACUACGACAUUGCGUUGGUGAGGCUACAGGGGCCAGAGGAACAGUGUGCCAGAUUCAGUACCCAUGUCUUGCCUGCUUGUUUGCCGUUAAGGAGAGAGAGACCACAGAAAACUGCUCCCAACUGUUACAUCACUGGAUGGGGUGACACAGGAAGGGCUUAUUCAAGAACAUUACAACAGGCUGCCAUCCCCUUACUUCCCAAGAGGGUAUGUGAAGAGCGUUACAAAAGAAGAUUCACAGGAAGAAUGCUCUGUGCUGGAAACAUCCAGGAACAGAAACGUGUUGAUAGCUGUCAAGGAGACAGUGGCGGACCACUGAUGUGUGAACGUCCAGGGGAAAGCUGGGUUGUGUAUGGUGUGACCUCCUGGGGCUACGGCUGUGGAGUGAAAGAUUCUCCAGGUGUCUACACAAAAGUAUCAUCUUUUGUACCCUGGAUAAAAAGUGUGACCAAACUAUGA